GGUUCGGGUCGCGGGGCGGAGGGAAGAGCAGGCGGGCGGAGGCGCCGGCGCCAGACGCGGAGGAAAGGAAUACGACUUGCCGCCGAGAGGCCGCGGAGCCAGCGACGACCGAGCCACCUGAGUCGCCGCCGCUGCCGCGCCCCCAUGGCGGCCGCCAAGGACACCCAUGAGGAUCAUGACACCUCCACCGAGAAUGCAGACGAGUCAAACCACGACCCCCAGUUUGAGCCUAUAGUUUCUCUUCCUGAGCAAGAAAUUAAAACACUGGAGGAAGAUGAAGAGGAACUUUUUAAAAUGCGGGCAAAGCUAUUCCGAUUUGCAUCAGAGAAUGAUCUCCCAGAGUGGAAGGAGCGAGGUACUGGUGACGUCAAGCUCCUAAAGCAUAAGGAGAAAGGGACCAUCCGCCUCCUCAUGAGGAGGGACAAGACUCUGAAGAUAUGCGCCAACCAUUACAUCACACCAAUGAUGGAGCUGAAGCCGAAUGCAGGCAGUGACCGAGCCUGGGUCUGGAACACCCAUGCUGACUUUGCUGAUGAGUGCCCCAAGCCAGAGCUGCUGGCCAUCCGCUUCCUCAAUGCUGAAAAUGCACAGAAAUUCAAAACAAAAUUUGAAGAAUGCAGGAAAGAGAUCGAAGAGAGAGAAAAGAAAGGAUUGGGCAGAAACGAUAAUGCUGAGGAAGUGGUGGAAAAGCUGGAGGCUCUCUCUGUGAAGGAAGGGAGCGAGGAGCUGGGCGAGGCGGACACCAAGGAGAAAGCUGAGGACAAGCAAUAAGUCGUCUCCCUUGUUUUCCUUCCCUUCUUUCUUUCCCUCCUUUUUUAAAAAUUUUUGCCUUGCCCCUCUUUGGUUUGUUUUUAUUCUGUUUUGUUUUUACAAGGGACUUUAUAUAAAGAACUGAAUUCCAACAUUCAAGUUGUUUUUCUAAGUUUUUGCCCUCUUAAAGAUGACUACAGAAAAUCCAUUCCCCAGUCAUGGAAAUGUACUGUGCUGACUUCCUUUUCCAUAGUGGAAACAUUUAUAGUCAUCAAAAUUAGUGAAUAAACAACACAUUUUAAACCUGCAUGGAGGGCAAGCCCGUGUGUGUUGACC